CGUUCCCAUCGUUCUACGUUUCUCGAGGUAGCGCUAACCGUGGAAAAGCUCGCGGAAUGGACGAUCGAUGAUUUCAGAGUAUUUAUUCCGGUCUUGCACGCGCCGUGUCUCACGCUUACGUUCAUCUCCUCGUUGUUAAUGUGCAAACGAGUAGUGGCAGCACCUGUACGACGAGGGGAACUUGGCUGCGCGUUUGUAAACGAAAGUAAUUUUCUCUUCUAUUUUCCGACGAAAUUAGAAAAACAUCGCUAUAAAUGCACGCCUAUUAAAAAUAUUUACAUUCCCAAACAGAAUCUUCCGGCUGUUAAGCAGCAUCGUCGAUCAUGGUUCGAAGUAGCGACAAGGACAGACAUCACAGAAGGCGAUCUAGAUCGCGAUCCAGAUCGCGAUCCGCCACACCGGAGAAGAAACGACGGCGAUCUAGGAGUCGCGAUAGGGAUAGAGAACGAGAUAAAGGUCGGCACAGGGAAAGAAGGAGCCGUUCCAGAGACCGUGACAGAGAUAGAAGAGAUCGCUCCGAUAGAGACAGAGACCGCGACAGGAAACGGCUCAAAGUCGUCGCGUUCAGGCAAAGAUCGGUCGAAUAGAUCGAGAUCGAGAGAGAGAAAGGAGAAAGAGAAGGGUGACAGCGAUGAACUGCCGUUCGAUCAUACAAAGUUGGACAAGGAGGAAGAGCAGAAAAGAUUGGAAUUGGAAAUGCAAAAGAGGAGAGAAAGAAUAGAGAGGUGGCGCGCCGAAAGGAAAAAGAAAGAGUUGGAGGCAACGAAGAAAGACGGUAAGGCAUCCAUUUUAGCAAACCUACAGUUGCCUAUGAAAAAGUGGUCCCUCGAGGAUGACAGUGAUGAAGAAACGCCUGUUGUCCAAAAUAGCAACAAGGAAUGCAAAGAAGACGGAGAAACGAAAGAGCAAGUGGAACAAGUUAAGGAAGAAGCUAAAUGCGACGAAGAAGAAGUCGAUCCCCUCGAUGCCUUUAUGGCAGAAGUUCAAGAGGAAGUUCGUAAGGUGAACAAACUCGAUAGCAAAGGUGGAAAGAACGCGAAUAACGGCACAGGGACGGGAGGUACUCAGAGCGGUGGCGUUGUUAUCGUCACCGGUGUAGCCAAAAAGAAAGUGCAGAAGCAAAAGGGUGAACUGAUCGAACAGAAUCAAGAUGGUCUUGAAUAUUCCAGCGAAGAGGAAGGCGAAAAUCUUCACGAAACAGCUGCUGGCAUCGCGAACAAGCAGAAGCGAGAAUUAGCCAAAGUUGAUCAUGCAACGACCGAGUAUCAACCGUUCAGAAAAUCAUUCUACGUCGAAGUACCUGAGAUCGCGAGAAUGACGUCGGAAGAAGUGGAAGCGUACAAAGAGGAGUUAGAAGGUAUUCGCGUGAAAGGCAAAGGUUGUCCGAAGCCCAUUAAAUCAUGGGCACAGUGUGGCGUCACGAAGAAAGAGUUGGAGGUGUUGAAGAAACUCGGUUACGAGAAACCAACCCCUAUUCAAUGUCAAGCCAUUCCGGCGAUCAUGUCUGGCCGUGAUUUGAUAGGUAUAGCAAAGACAGGCAGUGGGAAAACGUUAGCCUUCUUGCUACCGAUGUUCAGGCAUAUUCUCGAUCAGCCUCCAUUGGCAGACGGUGAUGGUCCGAUCGCGUUAAUCAUGACGCCAACUAGAGAAUUAUGCAUGCAAAUCGGUAGAGACUCGAAAAAGUUCACAAAGUCUCUGGGGCUGUCCCAUGUCUGCGUUUACGGUGGAACCGGUAUAUCGGAACAGAUAGCCGAGCUAAAGAGAGGCGCCGAAAUAAUCGUUUGUACGCCAGGUAGAAUGAUCGAUAUGCUAGCCGCUAACAGCGGAAGGGUGACAAACCUGCGCAGAGUAACGUACGUGGUUCUUGACGAAGCGGAUAGAAUGUUCGACAUGGGUUUCGAGCCCCAGGUCAUGCGUAUUAUGGAAAACGUUCGACCAGAUCGGCAAACUGUACUGUUCAGCGCGACAUUCCCUCGACAAAUGGAAGCAUUAGCAAGAAGAAUUCUAACCAGACCUGUAGAGGUUCAGGUCGGAGGACGAUCGAUCGUUUGUAAGGAUGUCGAACAGCACGUGGUAGUUCUCGAAGAAGAUCAAAAGUUUUACAAGUUACUUGAAAUCCUUGGUCACUAUCAAGAUAAAGGUUCCGCUAUAAUAUUCGUCGACAAGCAGGAGAACGCAGACACCUUACUCAAGGAUCUGAUGAAAGCCUCUUAUUCCUGUAUGUCGCUUCACGGAGGUAUCGACCAGUGCGAUAGAGACUCGACUAUAUUGGAUUUCAAGGCUGGCAGGACAAAGUUAUUAGUCGCAACGUCAGUGGCGGCCAGAGGUCUGGACGUGAAGCAUCUGGUACUCGUGGUGAAUUACGACUGCCCGAAUCACUACGAGGAUUACGUGCACAGAUGUGGAAGAACAGGAAGAGCUGGGAACAAGGGGUACGCGUACACUUUUAUCACAUCGGAGCAAGAACGUUACGCGGGUGAUAUUUUACGUGCUCACGAAUUAGCGGGUGUCCCCGUUCCGGAACCGUUGCGUCAACUAUGGGAGGGAUACAAAGCUCGACAAGCGGCAGACGGGAAGAAGGUUCACACAGGAGGCGGUUUCAGUGGUAAAGGAUUCAAAUUUGACGAAUCGGAGGCAGCGUUGGCCAACGAAAAGAAGAAGUUCCAAAAGGCAGCUCUGGGAUUACAAGAUUCCGAUGACGAGGACAUAGAGAACGACAUCGAUCAACAAAUAGAGAGCAUGCUUGCUCCAAAGAGGACGGUUCGUGAAAUCGCCAGACCUUCCGCCACCAAUAUCGCGGUUCCUGGUCAGCCUGUAGCUAGCGCGACUGACAAGUUGGAGUUGGCUAGGCGACUGGCGUCUAAGAUCAACAUUGCGAAGAAUCUAGGUGCCGAGGCGAAGGGCGCAACACAGCAAGCAGCCGAAGCUAUACUUAAAGGCGCUGGCCCCACCAAUCUUAUUACAGCGAAAACGGUUGCCGAACAGCUGGCUGCCAAGUUGAACACGAAAUUGAAUUACCAACCUCGCGAAGAGGAUCUGGUGGAAAGCGACGCAGAGGCUGGCGAACAAACGUUCCGCAAAUACGAGGAAGAAUUGGAGAUCAACGACUUCCCGCAGCAGGCUAGGUGGCGAGUUACAAGCAAGGAAGCUCUUGCUCAGAUCUCGGAGUACUCCGAAGCAGGUCUCACGGUUAGAGGGACUUACAUCGCACCCGGUAAAGCACCACCGGAAGGAGAGAGGAAGUUGUAUCUCGCCAUCGAAUCUACCAGCGAGCUAGCAGUUAGCAAGGCCAAAGCAGAAGUUUCGCGUUUGAUCAAGGAAGAGCUGAUCAAGUUACAGGCGUCCGGAGCGCAUACCGCAUCUCGCGGUCGUUACAAGGUUUUGUAAAAAUGGAAAA